CGGGGCAAUGGCGAGCGGCGGCUGUUGGCGGUAAAGGGUCAGUGGGGCUCCCGACCUGCCUGCUCGGGGCGGGAAGCUGCCCUGGCUCUUUCCCGAGGGUCCCCCGGGAGAGCGUGGCGAGCGGCACGAACUUUCCUUUCGGCCGUGAGGCCGGCGGGGAGCCGUGCCCGGGAUGCUGCCCGCCUCCCUGGGGCGGACAUGCCUGGGGAGGUGGCUGCUCGCCCCCCGCGGAUGGGCGCUGCUGGGGACGGGGGCCGCGGCGGGAACGGGGGCCGGGUCCUGCCUGAGGUGGCGGCACCAGCCCCCGCUGCUGCUCCGGCCCGCCCGGCAGAGCAUCGGGACGCAGGCGGGAGGGCUGAGAGCUGAAAAAUCUGGCCAUGAUAGCAAAGAUGUGUCCGUGCAAGGGGCGCGGAACGACGAAACGGUGCUGUCGGCUACUCAGAAAGUGAAAGAAGCUGGAAGAGACUUUACCUAUUUUAUUGUGGUGCUUGUUGGAAUUAGUGUUACAGGUGGUUUGUUCUACGUGAUUUUUAAAGAGCUAUUCUCUUCUUCUAGUCCAAAUAAGAUCUAUGGAGAUGCCUUGGAGAAAUGCAGAUCUCACCCUCAGAUAAUUGGUGCUUUCGGUGACUCUAUUAAAGGUUAUGGGGAGGCAACAAGAAGAGGAAGACGACAGCAUGUCAGUCACAUUGAAUACGUGAAGGACGGAUUGAAACAUAAGCGUUUGAAGUUCUAUAUUGAGGGCACUGAAUCAGGGAAACAGGGAACAGUCCAUGUGGAAGUCAAAGAGAAUCCUGAAACAGGAAGAUUUGAGGUCCGCUACAUAUUUGUGGACGUUGACACCUAUCCGAGAAGAACCAUUGUCAUAGAAGACAACAGAUAACCAACGAUCAAAAUCGUUGCUGCCUUGUCUCAUUGAGUGUUGGAUAAUACUGGUGUAGCCAGUCUACGCAUGAAUUGUUUGAUGUUCUCGAUUGUGUCUCCCAGAUUUGGGGGUGUGUUGCAGGAAGUAGCCUCUCAGGGCAUCCAUUAAGGACUUGGAUAAUAACUGAUAACAGGAUUUAAAGUGAAACCAAUGAAAUAUAGUAGAGCUAUGAUUUAUGGCAGAUACUCUUGACAUAGGAAAGCAAUGGCUCAUAAUAAAGAGUUUAAUGAUGGAUAAUAGUUCUGCUUACCCAAAUACUGAGUCUUCCAAGUUUUUAGGUUUCUAUGGGGAGUUGUCUUCCUUGCUUGGAUUUCCCACUACCACUGCAAUAAAGAAAGUGGUAUUUUAACUGUGGACAAA